AUGAGAAUGACGGAUCAACAAGAUCAGGAUACGCCCCUCAAACUCUCGGUCGCAAACCUGCAAGCCCUGGACCGCCUCAACGACCCUUCACUGUGCAUCAUGAACGUCAACAUACUCGUCCUCGGCGCCGGAGAGCUGGGGCUCAGCGUCCUCGAGGCCCUGGCCGUACACCCGCUCCGGCAGGAGAGGCGAGCCCGGAUCUCGGUACUACUGAGACAGGCGACGCUCGACUCGGCUGCCCCGGACAAGAAGAGGCUGAUCCAGCACAUCCGGGCACUCGGCGCCGACUUUGAGGCCGCCGACGUGGUCAACGCCAGCGUGGCCGAGCUAGCGGCCGUCUUUUCCGGCUUUGACGUUGUCGUCUCGUGCAACGGCAUGGGCCUGCCGGCGGGAACGCAGGUCAAGCUUCUCGAGGCUGUCAUCGAGGCCAAGGUGAAGCGCUACUUUCCGUGGCAGUUUGGAAUGGACUACGACGUGAUUGGCGAGGGGAGCUCGCAGGACUUGUUUGACGAGCAGCUAGAGGUGCGCCGCGGCUUGAGGGCGCAGAGCGAGGUGGACUGGGUCAUUGUGUCGACGGGGCUGUUUAUGAGCUUUCUGUUCCUUGAGGCCUUUGGGGUCGUCGACUUUGGGAAGAGGACGGUGCGAGCGCUAGGCAGCUGGGACAACACCAUCACGGUGACCACGCCGCGGGACAUUGGGCGCGUCACGGCAGAGGUGGUGUUGGAUCCAAGAGAGAUUCAGAGGCAGGUCGUCUACACGGCCGGCGACACCAUCUCGUACGGGGCGCUGGCGGAUCUGCUCGAGGCCCGCCUGGAGACCAAGUUCCACCGUGAGCUGUGGGACAAGGACGAGCUGAAGCGGCAGAUGGACGAGGACCCGAGCACCAUGGUCAAGUACAGGGACACGUUUGCGCAAGGGCGCGGCGUCGCGUGGGACAAGAGCAAGACUGUGAAUGCAGAGAGAGGGAUCGAGAUGACGGACGUGGAGGAGUACCUCAAGACGCUGGACGUGAGGUGA